AUGGCCCUUGCACCCCCCCUGCCUCGUCGCAAGGUCCCGCCACCUCCGCCCCCUCGGCGCCCUUCGUCCACGGCAUCGACGACUUCAUCCGACUCCGACCCGAUCUCUAUUGACACGCCGCCGCCCGUACAAGGGAUCGCGGCGCGAAUUGCGGCCCUCAAUCUUGAAAAUAAGUAUGCUGGAGUAGCAAGGGACGCGGAUUCGGUCAAGGAGUUUCGCGUUCAACCAGCGGGGAAUGGGCUCGGAGCACGCAUGUCUAUUACCUCUGCCACUGUGCCCUCGGACACACUGGUGAACGCUCUGAAGCGUCCACCCCCUCCUCCACCACGCGCUUCCAAAUCCGAAGCAUCUCCACUCAUGAGGGUACAACCGCCCCCUCCUCCUCCUCGGAAGGCUCCCCCUCUCCCUGCACGUCGCUCGAAUAGCCAAGCGUCUGUCGCCCAAGAUACUACCAAAGUAGAAGAGCCUCAGCCGUCACCACCGCCGGCGCCGGCGCGGCGAUUGCCUCCGCCGUUUCGAUCUCGAGAACCAGCGACGGAUAAAGCAGAGAGCACCCCUAAGCCACCAACAAUCAAUCGUGCUACUCGGCCACCAUCCGUGCCCGUUUCGUUACGAUCCACAGCUCAGGUCAGCGUACCAGAGCCAGUCUAUGCACCUGAGCCGAUGCUCACAGCUUCGGACUCGGACGACUCGUGCUUGAAGUGCCGAUCGUUUGAGGAGGUCGAUGCCCACGCAGCAUGCUUCCCAAGGGAAAAUGUGGAUUCACUCCAGCAGCUUGCGUACGAUCUGACGGCACCUUUCGACUCGCUCACGGAUAAGGCGCGAGCGAUUUUCACUUGGCUGCACCACAACAUUGCAUAUGAUGCAUACUCGUUCUUGAACAACUGCAUGCAGCCAUCGACACCGACAGGCACGCUUCAGAGCGGACUUGCCGUGUGCGAGGGAUACGCAAAGCUUUUUGCGAACCUCGCUGAGUACGCUGGGAUGCAGGCGCUUACUGUGAACGGGCAUGGCAAGGGCUUCGGGUACGUUGCCACAGAGGGCGGCACUGCUCCUCCGUUUGCGUCUAACCACGCGUGGAACGCGGUCGUGUUCGACGACGAACAGUGGCAUCUCAUCGACGCAUGCUGGGGCGCGGGGGUGCUGAGCGGGACGUCGUACACCAAGCGGUUCGCGCCGAUCUGGUUUACCUCAACAAACGAGCAGUUCGGGCGGCGGCACUUCCCCGCGGAGGCAGGGCACCAGAUGCGCGAAGACGGGCGCGAGAUGUCGUGGGAGGAGUACAUCCUCGAGCCGGAGGGACCGGAGAAGUUCUCGCACUUUGAGGAGUGCGAGUAUGCACAGGAGACCCUGCUGCCCGCGGAAAGGUGUCUCGCGGGUGGGUAUGCGCACACAUUCCACGUCGAGAAGCGGUGUUGGCACAUUGAGCGGCGUGACUACUGGUCGGACUAUGUGCUGCUGCUGAUGAUAGAAUGCGGGGGUGUGAAGGAGAAGGAGGUCAUGGAGCGCGACGAGCGUGGGUGGACUGCCACUGUGCAUAUUCCCCGUGUUGAGGGUUCGGUGAACAUGGCAGUCCUGACGUCUUGGAAUGGCCAGGAUGCUCGGGGCGUGGACCCUGCCCUGGUGCGGCGCGAGUGGGGUAGAAGAGCGAUGGCGUUCCAAGGCAUUGUACAUUGGGAGGUCCGGUAG